UCUCUAUUUAAACUUCAUCAAACACCUUAAUUUGAUGCUUAAUUCCUCCCUUUUUUUUUCUUUCCUUUUUUUUUCUUUUUCUGGUGUAGAGGCAAAUCAACAAAAUGGUGUAGACGAGAUUCGAUACCAGAUUUUGGGUACCAGCUCUCAAAACUUUACCAACUAUAUCAGUUGACAUCUACUCACUUCCCUUCUUUUUUUGGAUUUUAAAUCCAUUUUAUUUCUUAAGUUUUACUAUUUUAUUGAAGUUAAGAUUCAAAUUAUAGCAAAAAUACUACAAUGAUGAUGAAUGGGAGCAAAAUAAUGGGGAGGGGAGGUAUGGUUUUGUUUGUGGCACUAUUUAUUGGGUUUUGUUUUGCAAUCCAUUAUUCUUCAACUCUAUCGUUAACAAAUACCCAACUAAAAGUAUUGGGUAAGUACGGCCCGGCCCGACAAGUUGAGCUGGUUGUCGAGACGCCCGUGGACCCGAAACAGGACGCAGUUUCGGGUCCGACCCGGAUGAAGUUUCAUGUAGCGGUAACGUCCACGGAUUCAAUCUAUAGCAAAUGGCAGUGCAGGAUUAUGUAUUAUUGGUAUAAGAGAGUUAAAGAUUUGCCCGGGUCCGAUAUGGGCGGUUUUACGCGGGUUUUGCAUUCGGGUCAGCCCGAUAAUUUGAUGGAGGAGAUCCCUUCUUUUGUUGUGGAUCCUUUACCCGAGGGUGUUGAUAAGGGAUACAUUGUGUUGAAUAGACCAUGGGCUUUUGUUCAAUGGUUGGAGAAAGCAACAAUUGAGGAAGAAUAUAUUUUAAUGGGUGAACCGGAUCAUUUGUUUGUGAAUCCGUUACCAAACUUAGCACAAGGAGAAAACCCGGCUGCAUAUCAAUUUUUCUACAUCAGACCCGAUUUGAAUGAGAAGAUCGUUAGGAAGUUUUACCCGAAUGGAUCCAUAUCGAAUGUGGAUCCUAUUGGAAGUUCUCCAGUCAUUAUAACAAAGUCUUUGCUGAAAGAAAUCGCGCCUACAUGGAUGAACAUUUCGUUACGGAUAAAAAAUGAUCCCGAGGCAGACAAGACCUUCGAUUGGGUACAAGAAAUGUACGCCUAUGCUAUAGCUUCAGCAUUGCACGGUGUGAAGCAUAAACUUCAUGAGCAUUUCAUAGUGCAGCCUCCGAUGGAUGGGAAUGUUGAGAUUAGUUACAUCAUUCAUUAUACUUAUGGGUGUGAUUAUAACAACAAGGGAGAGCUUCUUUAUGGACAGAAGACAGAUUGGCGUUUCGACAAGAGAUCGUAUCAAGAUGCCCCUCCACCCAAAAAUCUUACACUGCCUCCUCUUGGAGCUCCUGAAACUGUGGUAAGACUAAUACAAAUGGUGAACGAAGCCACGGCCAAUAUACCAGAAUGGUAAAAUCUCUAAUACAGUGUACUUUUUACGAGCAAAACGUACAUACAUCGAUCUCUCUUAUACGAAGAAAUGGACAUCAUCUACAAAGAAAGAUGCACUUGAAGUGUUAAAAAAUGUUGUAAUCUUGUAUGUACAGAGAACCCAAAUAUUUUCUUGCCAAAUUGACACUACAAAAAUUUGUAUCUUUAACGACAACCUAAUUAGGACGGGUCAAAAAUCCCGUCGCAAAAGCAUUUUGAGACGGGGCUAACAACCAAACAAUGACGGGAAUAAUCGUCGCAAAUGUCUUUUACGACGGGUUUACGACAAAUUUACGACGGGAUUUCUAUUAACGACGGCCCCCUUUUAUGACGGGUUCGCGACAGGAAAUCCCGUCGUUAAUCAACGAUUAUUGGCCUUUCGUGACGGGAUUUCCCGUCGUUAAUAGUACCAUUUCUUGUAGUGUGAUGAUACUUUUGGGAAAGAAAAGUGUUUACCAUUCACGGCUCGGACCCAACAUGAAAAAAGCACGGCCAAGAACGAGCAGAAGUCGUGGGCUGGGCUAAGACCUCAUUGUUUUUUU